UGCGCCAAACGUGCGGAAAUGAGACUUUUCUGACGUCAGUCGGGUCCUGAUCGACCGUCCUUAGUUAACCGUUCAAGAAACGUCCCCUCGUGAGCUCUGCACCGUUUGCCCUGCACGCGAGUGAUGACGUCGUUCCCUAGCAACCGACUAACGCGUCGUAGCGACCGUCCCUGAGAGCGAAGAGGCGGGAAGGCCUUUGGUGUUGUCGUUAUUUUCGGUUUUAACGUCGUUUUUGUACCAAAGUUCGGAUUUUACCGGAUACGUCUGAGCGCGAGACGUUUGUUAAUGUUUCCCGCGCUUCAGCAGCCAACAGAAAGUUCCUGGGAAACGGUGAGAGGUGUUUGGACAGGGACUUCCUGAUGGAUGAGACGGUGAGGCCUCUGAGGAUUCCUCCUCAGGCGUUCGUCUACGCCGACAAACACAACGUGGCCCAGCUGGUGCAGAGCAUGCUGUGCAGCCUGGUGAUCGAUCAGCCUGUUGAUCCGAUCUCCUACCUGAUCGGGCUGCUGCAGAGGAGCAGCGAUGAUGUCCCCAGGGUCAUAGUGCUGGGACCUCCUGCUGUCGGCAAACACACCGUGGCCAAAAAGCUGAGCGCCGAGCUGAGAGCUGUUCACGUGACCGAAGGCAGUUUACUGCAGUACCAAUCAGAGCUGAGCGUGCACGCCGAGCAGGAGCUUUCGGAGGGGGAGCUGGUUGGACUGGUUCAGCAGAGGCUGAAGGAGAUGGACUGCUUCCACCGGGAGCGUGGAUGUGCAGAUGAAGAUGAACCGUUAGCACUUCCAAGAGCUUCCAACAGAACCGGGACAGAACAGAGAGCAGGCACCUUGCUGGCUUUCGUCCGGACUCGUCAGCGCUCCAGAACUCCCAGAAUCCUCCUGCUGGGACCACCGGGGUCUGGAAAGAGCCGUCAAGCCCAGCUGCUGUCAGAGAAGUACGGGAUGGUGGACGUGAGCUGUGGUCGCUUGCUGAGGUCUGUAGCUGCAGCUGGUUCCAGUGGAGGAGCAGAGGUCCAGGCGUACCUGGAUGGCGGACGUCCAGUUCCAGACUCGCUGCUGCUGCAGGUCCUGGAGGAGCGGCUGAGCCGACCCGACUGCACCCGCGGGGGCUGGAUCCUGCACGGCUUCCCCUGCGACCUGCAGCAGGCCCGGAGCCUGCAGGAGAGCCACCAGCAGCCCAACAGGGUUUUCUUCCUGGAGCUGACCGAUGACGUUUGCCUGGAGAGACUCAGUCUGAGAGCCACAGACCCGGUCAGCGGUCAGAGGUCAGGAACCUUUAACCUUCUCCAGCCUUCAGAUUUACCUGUGACGGGAAAAUUCCCACUGCAGGGAGAACACGUCUGCAUCAGCCUGUCGGCCCUGUGAUGUAACACACACACGUGUAGGCACACACAGUGCUGAUGGUGACCGUGUGUGUGUGUGUGCGUGUGU